AUGCUACUGAGUUCUCUUUCUUUGACGACGCCUAUUCCCGUUGCUUCGUCCGGCCGGCAAAGGUUUGAAGAAGCUCAGCGGCGAAAACAAGACUACGGCACGUACUACGGCUUAGCUGUUCGCUACGGCCCCCUACCUGGGGAUCAGUUUGACCACGCCACCUACCCCGGCAGCCACUACCACGGCAAGGUCCUCGACGCCACCAGGAUCAUCCAAAUCUGGUGGUGGAGUGCUUGGCCGCCGCUGCUACGCCAUCGCAAGGCAGCGGCUCUGGUGAUACAAUCGCAAUUUCGGGGCUUCCUUCAGAGACGGAAGUGGCGUGCCAUCAUCCGCUUGAGGACGCUUUGGGGAAACACGCGAAUUGUGACCCACAGCUUCGUGGUCUGGCGAACCACUAUUACGACGGCCCUACGCGUGAAAGCGUUCACCGGCCGGUUGUCAAACCGUCGGAGGGGGAGAAUUUUCGUGGCCCUCUUGAGUAACGCCCAGGAGAGACGAGCGACGCGGGAGGAACUUCUGCGACAGUGUAUACGGCGGGUUUCGGAAGGGGUUCGGCUUCGAGUUUUCGAGAGCUGGGUGAGAUACACGGAGACGUCGCUGGCAGUCGAGCGCUUACGAUUCCGCUCGGUAGCGCGGAGAUGGUUCCGAGAAUGGCGAGAUGUCGCGUUGGAGGACCGCAUACGAUCACGAAUGGACUGGGCUUGUUCCACCCUCGCAAGUAGGCUGCUGCGAUGGAAACAUAGGUCACGCUACGUCAGGGUUCGGAAAUCCUGCGUGAAGAUGCAAGUCGUGGUAAAGAUGAAAAAAUCGUGCGCACGACGGAAAAGGAAGGUCAAGGCCUCUCGAGUCCGUCGGGCUGAGGAGACUGUUCAAAAACUUAAGGUGCAGCGCUCCACGUUCGACUCAAGCAUUCUCGUCCUCCUCGUAUCUACUGUGUGCACGCUGACGUCUGUCACACGAACCAAGGAUGUUCGAGUCCGCGGUCUAAUCGACGUUGAGCAGCGGCGCCUUGAUCGUCUCCGAGCCACUCUCGACCGGCACACUCCUUCGAUAAAGGAGAACGCCUUGGCGUUCUUGGGAACAGCAGCCGGCAAGGAGGCCGUCGCGAGCAGGCUAGCCACGGCCCCGCCUGCCUCUGAGUCCGAAGCGGAAGCGAAGCAAGAGAUGGUGCAGCGGUUCGUGUGGCGAGAGCAAGCGCUGAUAAGGCACGACUUCAACACCACCUGGCCACCCCCGCCCCUGUGUUGCCCACGCUCGGAUAGCUGCGACGCCACCUUUGUCGACCGCGGCCACGCCCUGCGCCACGCGGCUGAUGUUCACCCAACGGACCCGCCCGGGGUCGCAGAGCUGUCCGUGACGAUGAGAGACCCUGUUGGACUCGCGGUGUUCGAAGAAUUUGUCAAAGCCGCGGCCGCCGCCGCCGAGCCUGACGGGAAGGGAAGUUCUACCCGGCAAGCAAGCUCUGACGAACAACCUCCCGUGAAGCAGAGGAACCAAGGUUUUACUCCAGAUUCUUCCGUUGGUGCCGCUGCCCGUGAUACUUUAGACGUGUGGAAGGCGAUUCAGGCAUGGAGAUUAGUUUCCUCGGAUCAAAAGCGUUUCCAGCAACUCGGUGAGGCAAUUAUUGUGAGUCGCACCAAGUACCCCCACCUUCCCGACGACGUCAGAGUCGCAAUCGGCGGCGAUCAACUACGCCGCCUCUUCGGAGAGCUGGGAGCGAAACACGGCGCCAAACCGAACAAGAAGCUCCUCCCCGGCCGUGCCAACCACAGCUCCACGCGACAGCGACCGUCACCCCCAAGAAGUGGUGAUGGCGCACGCGUCACUACCGUAGACCCUUCCGCCCUGGAAGAGGCGAGCUUCCGAGCCGUCGUGUUCUUGAGCAAGUGCCAAGUCGGGCUGGCGUUUCUGGGAAGCGCGCCGUACAGGACGUAUUUGGACGGGGUGCACAAGCCGACGAGGGAUGCCGUUGAGGCAGCAGCGGCUGAGAUCGCGGCCGCUGAGGAGGCGGAGUGGGCGGCUGAGGCCCGCAGCCUCCGGAAGGCCGCCCUCGAUCGCGAGCAAGAGGCGCAGGUCGAGUCCUUGGCGAACCAGGCUACGCGGCUUGUCCUGCAAGGGGCUGUCGGGGCGAGCCUCCUAGGCGGCUUGAUUGACGAUCAGGCGUCGCUACUCGCGGUGGUCAUUAUCGCGGAGCGGAGCACGUUUGCCAAGGUAAUCUCGGCUGUCUGGAACGAAACGGUGGACGAGGCGGCCCACCUCAUCGCCCUCGAGAACCGCGAGAUCGACCCGAGAGUUGCCUCCGCUCUCUCCGAAGCGGCCUGUUCGCUCGCUCGGUCUCGAAUCAUGGACGAGCUUAUCGAUCAGUGCGGCGUAGACCUCACGGGCCCGGAGGGAGACCUGUGGGCCGAUGCCAGACCGACGGAGGCGGUGGCGGACGGCCUGGGGUACCAAGUGAGGUCCAAGGUAAUGUCGGAGCUGGUUGAUGAAGCCGUAUUGGAGCUGGCGGCGUCCGGGGAAGCGGAAGAGUUGAUGUCAGAAGCGGCCCUCGCUCGUAGAAGAAGAGAAGGUGAACUAAGGGAGGGGGGAGAGGCUACAGAUGAGGCGGACAGGGUUACGGGGGGCGGGGACGUGGUUUCCUCCGGAGGAGGGGGCGAGGAUUUGGAGGAGAUGGGUUCUCUUGGGGCGAGAACGACAGACGACGACGGUUCACGGCGGCAUUCGACGGCAACCGCCGCGGCAGCUUCUUCUGCCUUGGUGCUUGUUGGGGCGGACGAAGUGCGCGGCGGCUUGGAAGAGGCAGGGGGUGCAGACGGCGAGGGUGGGAGGGAAGGCUCGAUCGACAGGACUGGCGGCAGUAGUGGGAGAAGCAGCGGCGGCAGCAUGCUAGCGGAGACGGAGGCGGCCGUGCUCAUGCAGUCGGCCCUGAGGCGCAAAGCGGCCUAUCGGGAGAUGAAAAAAGUGGUGGCGCAAAACUUUAUUCGCAUGUACGACCCAGGCGAGGGUGCGUUCUACUGGUACAACCAGGCAACAAUGGAAUCUACGUGGGACAAGCCGGCCAUCAUCGAUUUGUACUUCAAGAAACCCGUCGUUGCCAAGAGUACGUACUUGUUCCGACAAGCAAAUACGGGGGGAUCGCGCCGUUCCAUAGUCGACCGUUUCGAGAGUAGCAGAGUUUCAAGUUAG